AUGUCGUCAACAACAUCACUCACAACGGACCUGCAAGUGACCUUCCAGUACUGUAAUGAAGCGGUCUUGGAGCUACAUUGCUCGCCAUUUGGUUUAAGUGGUAUAUAUAUUAGAAUUGCUGAGGCAGCAAUUAUGGGUAUUGGAUCCACCUUGGGUCUGAUUACAGGAAGUACUCGCGGGUUAAUACAUUACAAUCAUGCCAGCGAUCUACAGGACCAAAAGUAUAAGCUUUACGUGGUUAUAGAUGAGGAGGGAAUGUUACGGAUUGACUUUACUAAAAUCACAAUCCAGGAGAACGAGUCUGAGAAUGGGAACAAAGGUGACGAUGAGGAGCAAUUACCAGAUUUGAUUUUCAAAGGUCCCUGUCCAGAAGGACGACCCGAUAAUGUAGAACCUUUUAUAGGGAUAUUUAGCUUUGAAAAAGAAUAG